UCAAUGGUAUAAAUAAUCGAUUAUACUAAUGAAUAUUAUCAGUUGAAGAUCAUAUCCCAGACAAAAUUCAAAAUGUUCAAGUUGUGUAUUUUCGUUGCCCUCGUUGCCUUUGCAGCAACUACUCCCGUACCAGAAGCCAAAGCUGAACCAAAAGCUGACCCUAGCCUAAUAGCUGCUGCCUAUACUGCACCCGUUGUAGCCGCUCCAAUUGCCUAUGCAUCUGCCUAUUCUGCUCCUUUGACGUAUGCCAGUUAUGUUGCUCCUUCGGUAUACUCUGCUGGAUAUACUGCCUACUCUCCUUACACUGGAUCUUAUGUCGUGCUGUGAAAUGGUUUUACAUUUAUAAUAUUUGGAAAAUUCAGUAAAUUUGCUAACUGAAAUGAUUUGUUUCAACCCACUAUCCUAUUAUUUAUAAGAA